AGAGACAUGUGAUGUGAGCUGCUGACUGUUCAGCCUGUGCGGGAAAUGUCAGCCAGGACGAACCGAGGCUCCACUGCCGGCCAGCAGCAGCGGCAGCGGGACAUGGCGGACCGAAGCAGCCGGCACAGCAGAACAGUGCGUGGUUUCUCCAGAGAUGCUUCCAGUCUGAAGAGAACUCUGUCAGCACCAGAGGAGAACUUCCCAACAGCUCUGCCCAUGCUGCUUGAUGUGGUCAGGGGUCCACAGCGUCUUCCUGCAGAUGAGGAGUCACAGGAAAUGUUGAGAGGGAAGCUGCACAUUCUGCAGGCUGACAGCAGCGAGGUCAAAACUCUAUUCAUGGAGUUGUCUGCUCAUCUUGUCUCCAUCAACAGUGAAGACAAAGUGAUAUAUGUGACUUUUAAAACAUUUGAGGAAAUAUGGAAGUUCACCACGUAUUAUACAGCAGGAUUCUUGGGUCCAUGCGUAGAGAAUCUGUUGUUAGACCAAAAGUUCUGGCUCACUUCUUUGGAAGAAGACAUUGCUAUUGAGGUUUCCAUUCAGGAGGACACACUGAACCUUCUCUACAAAGGCAUCCUCAUGCAAGAUGGUUCAUUGUUUGCUAGUUGUAUUGCCAACCAGAUGUUUGACAGCUCCACCUCUGGCGGAGACCUGUACCUGGAGCAGGGAGACAUAGCUCAGUUUGAGCCUCCCUUCCUGGGCUCAGGCUGGACCGUCUUGUGCCUGGCUGAUGGAAACCGGGGCACUGCACCCAACCCUGUACUGGAACCAGUUAUCCCUUUUCAUCAAUGGUUUCUUAAAUCUUGUGCAGAGAGCAUUUUAGUUGGUGAUGGGAAACCUGCUUGUGACUUCCCUCUGCAGUGUGCCAGAGGAACUUGUGUGGCCACUGUAGAGUAUGAUGCCGAGGGUCCAGAUGAGCUGAGUGUGGCACCCAGUGAUCGUAUCAUCAUCGUGGGACUUCUGGUGUCUUGUUUUGAUUGGUUCAUAGGUAGGAAGGAGGUAACAGGAGAAGUGGGUCUGGUCAAGACAAACAUGGUGAAACCCUCCAGUAACACCUACAGUUCAGCAGAUAUUUGUUUGGAUAAAGAGGAAGGGUUCUUCUGUCUGCAAGAGAGCAAAGUCAUAGAGGAAACAACUGCCUUAUUGAAGAACAAAUCACAAAAUGAUACUGGUCAUAACUACAAACUAGAUAUCAUCAGUUGCAAAAACUCUGAAACAAAAGUGCCAAACAGCUCUUCAAGCAAAGUUGAUACUCACUUGAAAACUAAUAUCCAGAGGAUUCUUGACCAAGGAAAAGAAUCAUCCCCAGAUUCUGUUGCGACUAUGAAUGGGAUUGAAGAAGAAUCAGCUGUGCCUACUGAGGCCAAAAAACCCAACCCUCCCUGCUUCACUGUUCACCCAGUUGCAGAAGGGAACAACAACACAGAGAACUUCAUUCCCCUCUUCUCUUUUUUGGAAGGACAAGAUUACAAACUGGAGUUUGGCACCCUGUACGGACAGAGUCCUGAACUCCUCAACUCCUCCACCUUCAGUGGUCACUCUGAUGAGGAUGAGCUGAUUGCCUUUCUUGGUGUUGCGAGGGAAACUGCCAGAAAGAAGCGACUCUUUUGGUUGCAGACUCGUUUGUGCUUCCUGUUGGGUAAGCUCUGUGCUGGGAGGUCAAAGUUUAGCCAGGCUCGGGUUUACUUUGAAGAAGCCCUCAGUGUUCCACGUGAAAGCUUCACGGACCUCAGGCUGUUGGCUAGCAUCUAUUCCAACCUGGCUGUCAUAUAUCUUUUGCAGAAAAAUACAGAAAGUUUCUUUGCUCUAGCGGAGCGGCUUGUUGCCUUGUUAAUGGGGAUCCCAGGCUGUCUGGAAAGCAUAGAGGAUAAUCCUGUUCUCAAGUACAUGCUCAAGAAAGCUGUUCUAAGUCACAACAGAAUGGCUGAAGCCCGGGCUUGUUAUCUACUGGCGAAGUACCACUGGACUCGAACUGAGGGUGCCCAGGUUGUUCCUUAUCUUGAGAGACUAGUUGUUGUUUGUGCUGAAGCGCACAAAACAUGGACCAUCUCCACGAGCCAAGGAUACUUGACCCUGGGAAGGCUCUACAGCGAACUUUGCCUUCCCCACCUCAGUGUCAGUUCAGCAAGGAGAGCUUCUCAGCAGUCCUCUGCUGCACUGACUGACUGCCUCAGCAGCAUGGUAAUAGUUCUGGACAAUGUCAAUAGACUGUAUGGGAUCACAGAACAGGAAGCCUUCUUCCCGGCUCAUGUGGCUCCAUAUUUACACCAAGCCAUCUCUUUUCCCAUGGUCCAAGGAGGAGGAAGUGACCAAUACCAUGUGUUGAGCUAUCAGCUUACUGUUUGUCUCUGUCAGCUGUUUAACAAGCAGAGAAUGAUUGGACACGCUAUCCGACACCUGCACGCUCUUAUCAACAACAGUCCAUCCUCACAACGACUCCCCACUUCUGUCCCAGAGAGAAACAGUGCCCUCAUCUGGCUGGCAUGGCUUCACAUUGACAACAACCAGCCAGUUGUUGCCCUGGAUAUCUUGGAUGCGGUCCUAGCUUCCAUGCCAGAACACUGCACCACACCUCAGGAAGGUGUGGUCCUCAACAUGCGUGGCGUUGCCCUUCGAUGCAUGGGUGACCUCCGGAGGGCAGCAGAGAGCUACGAAGCUGCUGUUGACAUCUGCCAAGAGUAUGAGGACAUGCCAAACUGGGCUGUAGCUCAAGCUAAUCUCGGGCUGCUGUGUCUGAAAGCUGGAGCUAAAGGACUAGCACAGAGGCACCUGACUGAGGCUGUGCAGAUCUUCUCUGAGCUGGAUGAAGAAGGUCAUGAGGUGAACUUCAUCACAGUGCUUCUGGAGUUGGGGCAGCACUAUGUGAAGCAGCAGCAGCUGGACUAUGGGAAAGGAUGCUAUGAGUGGGCUCUUCUGUUGGCUAUCAAUGCCAAUGUUUUAGACUGCCAGCUCACUGCAACCAAACAUCUGUGCCAUCUGUACGGGUGUGAGAGUCCAGACCAGGCCCAGUGUAUCAUCUACAGCCAGCACCAGAUCCAGCUGCUCAGUUGCACAGGAGACAGAGGACAGGAGGGGGAUGCACUGGAAGCUGUUAGCCAGCUCUAUCUCAGUCUGGGCACAGACAGGGCACACAGGGCAGCUCUCGACUACACCAAGAGCAGUCUGGGUAUUUUCAUUGACCUGGGCUUCAGGGAGAAGGAGGCAUACGGCUGGCUGCAUGCUGGGAAGAUCUACCACCUCCUGGGCCAGACUGAGUUGGUGGAUCUUUAUGUACAGGUAGCUCAGGAUGUCGCCCUGAGCACAGGAGACACCAAGUUCAUCCUGAAGCUUCUGGAAGCCGCAGGAGACAUUUUCUUCAACAGCUGCCAGGAUCGUGACAAGGCUAUCACCUUCUACAGGGACCGUGCUCUGCCCAUCGCAGUGAAGAGCAGCAGUGUUAAAACCAAGCUGAGGUUGUGUAAUAAGUUGACUGAACUGAUGCUCAAUCUGAAACUCUAUGGGGAAGCUGUGGAAUUUGCUCAGACCGCACUGGACAUCAGCAUCAGUCUAGGUGAGAGACUGAAUGAGCGAGUGGCCUACCACCGCCUGGCCUCUCUGUACCACUGUCUGGAACAGUAUGAAAUGGCUGAACACCAUUACCUGAAGACUCUGACACUCUGUCCAACACCUCUGCAGUUUGACGAGGAAACACUGUACUAUGUCAGGGUGUAUCUGACACUGGGGGACAUCAUUUUCUAUGAUCUGAAGGACCCAUUUGAUGCUGCAGGAUAUUACCACCUGGCACUAGCUGCAGCCAUUGAUCUGGGCAACAAGAAGUCUCAGCUGCAGCUGUGCACGCGCCUUGCCACCAUCUACCACAACUUCCUUAAAGACAGAGAGCUCUCUCUCUUCUUUUACCAGAAGGCGAGAGCAUUCGCUGCAGAGCUGAACGUGAAGAGGAUUAAUAUCUCACCAGAUCAGCUGUAUGGCAGCAGCCCACAAUGCAAGACCACAGGACAAUAAGGAAGACAGAAGCACAUAGAGAGGAACAUACCAAGCCACUGGAAAAUGUAAACCUUUUUCUAGAUGCAUAAAGAACACAAACUUCAGCAGAUGAAGGUGAUGACAAGUGUUCUUUGUUGGUACAGAAAAAUCAUGUCAUGAGAACAAUAUUAAUAUUCCAUCAGAGAUUCAACUGAUCACAAAGAAAAUCUUUACUUUGAAGCAAAAAUGACACUGGGUUGUAAAAUGAUAUGUGUGCACAUUAAGAAGUCAAACCUUUAGAUAAUAAGGGUCUGUUGUCACCUUUCAAAAUAGGAUCCUAAAAGGGAAGGAGUAGAGUCAUACAUCAUUUUUGUCACUUUAUUUUUAAUUUAUUUUUUUUAAAUAACAGAGCAUGUCAGGGAAGCAACAUUAAUCAAAUUAAGCAAACACAUUUCAUACACUGCUAUCAUAGCAUGUGCACAUUUGCACAAAAUAGACAAAAUUACAACACAAUUAAACAUCCCAAAUAAAGAGCCUUAAAGAAGACAGAAACACAAGGGAAAUGCUAGAAUACAUUUACAAUAGUAAACUCAAUCUAGUUCUAUCUAAUCUAUUCCCAUUCUAAAUUACUGCUGGCCACUCAGUUAAAAAUUAUAAUAAAAUGUAAUGUGUCUAGUAUGUAUUUGAAUGCCUUUUCAAAUACAUACUUAUGACCAAAGCAAGACAUAAGGAAGACAAGGCAACAGGCCCUGUUUCGUAUCUCUAACUACUAAAACUAUUCUGAGAUGAUACAACAGUCAGUGCAUAAAACAGUUUGGAUUUAGAUUCAAAGAAAAUAUUAAAUACAUGCCAAUGGAAGGCUGUUAUAUAUCUUAAUUAUAGCUGGUACAGAUUUUUAAUGGUUGUUCAUAAACAUGCAUUAUCUGCUUAUAAUGAAAUUGUAGGUAUAUGGUACACCAUCAGCCUAUCUCAAAUUAAGGGCAAUUUUUGAAAGUACAUUACCAGUGCUGCAUCUCGUGGAGAUUCAUAAUUUGACUCAAUCAAUAAAAAUAUUGCCAAAAGAAAGCUCAUUUAGUGUUUUAAAUAAAUAUUCCCACUGUAUUCAGUCAAAUACUAUAUGAUUUCUGGUUGUGUCCUUCUCAUUGGCAAUAAAAAAUGAUAAAUAAAUGCAAGUAGCUUCAUAAUAGUUACACAUUGAACCUUUAAACUGGGAUAUGAUUUAGGACUGUUAGAGAUGGAGUUCAUGUUUUUAUUGAAAGCUACAGUAGGAGGAGUUCUCUGAAGCCAGCCUUUGAAGACAGACUAUCAAUUUCAGUUUCUAGCACUCUUAGAAAACCAACUAGGGCCACAUUUAGCUUCAGAAUCUAUGCAUAAUAUAUACACUAUAUGUGGUGUAUAAUUAUGUGUGAAAUCUGAGAUGCGUCCUAUAAACCACUCUCUCGGGUUUGUCAUCUGUUUUUCAGUAACCUGUUUUAAAAUGACUGAGUGACCGUGACAGUUGUGUGAAUUAAUAACACUUGACUUUGAGUCAUUUUUAAGAUAAACAGUAUAAACCCUUUAUUCAUAUGUCUAAAUGUGACCUAUAGUAUGUUUAUGUUAGAAGGAAUUAUACCCACUUACCAAGAAACCAUCACUUAUUGAAUUUAUCCAUGUGUCCAUAUUUUCUGUGAUUGAAGUUGUGAAUACAGCUGUAUUCAGUGGUCGUGGUGAGGGCAUAAAUUGUACAAAUUAAC